AAAGUGCAAUUAAUAAAAGGGCAUUGUGUUCGGUGAGCAAGGAGUAGGAUUGCGGAGCAAGGCGGAAGCAGCAGAGGAAAAUGGAAAGCUCGGCGAUUCUGAGAGAGUGGUUCGAUCGGGUCGACUCGGAGAAAAUCGGCAGCGUCACUGCUAUUCAACUCAAGAGUGCUUUUGCGAUUGGAAAUUUAGAAUUUCCUAUCUCUGUUGUCCAGCAAAUGAUCAGGAUGUAUGAUUUUGACAGGAAUGGAACAAUGAGUUUUGAAGAGUUUGUUGAACUUAACAAGUUUCUGCUGAAGGUGCAACAUGUGUUCUCAGACUUGGAGAGGGGUCGUGGAUUCCUUGUUCCAGAUGAUGUUUACGAGGCGUUGAUAAAAAUAGGAUUCCAGCUCGACUCUCCAGCAUUAUACACUGUGUGCGAGGAUGACAUAUUCUUAUUGCAACUAAGAUACGCAUGUGGAAUAUCACGUGAUACAUUAGUUUUGAUAGGAACAAGAAUGGAAAAUUCAGACUUGAUGACUUCAUAUCUCUUUGUAUCUUUGUACAGUCUGCACGGAACCUUUUUGAUUCAUUUGACACAAGCAAGCAAGGCCGAGUGACUCUUGAUAUCAACCAAUUUAUCUACUGCACCGCUAAUUGUAGAAUCUAAGGCCGUCAUCUCAUUAUCCAGUUUCCAAUUGCUGAGUAUGACCUUAGCCUCACUGCUAUUAGUGUUGGUGACUUGAAAGUGAGGUGCUUUUAGCGAUUUAAGAAGAGGCUUGAGCAACCGGUGUAUGGUCGGAGUACCAAGGAGUCAUUUCGUUCGUGCACAAGUUAUACUAGAAUUGUAAUGCAUGGAUUGUUAAAGGUGUAUGUAGUAUUAUAGGAUGAAUAAUUAUCACUAGAAUAUUGUAUUUGUUUAGACAUUCAGUUCAUCACAUUAAAAUAUUGAUAUACAAUGUACAUUUAAAACUUG